AUGGGAGUCUCUCAUGGAGGAGGACAGGUUGCCCCCGGGGACAUGUCAAAUUCUUCAAAAAACCAGGCUUUGCUCACAGAGAUUUGUCACAACCACGCGAUCCAGCGCAUUGUGGGUUUUGGGAGCAGUGUGUUUGCUGCGUUCGCACCAAAAGCCUUCAACCAUGCUGCAGCAUGCCUGGAGAAGUUAUACAGCAGCAAACUGUCUCUCCACCAGAACUUCCCAAACAGCAUCUACCCAGCAGCCACCUUCAACAUAGGGCUGCAUGCAGUUUGUUUUGACCACGCUGAUGAUCAGAAUAGCCCUGAGACCUGGUGCGCAAUCACGGCCCUGGGAUCCUUCAACCCUAAGCGUGGUGGACACCUGGUCUUAUUUGACCUCAAGCUGGUGAUCGAAUUUCCCCCUGGCUCAACCAUUCUGAUUCCGUCUGCCCUUCUGCGGCAUGGGAAUCUUCCAAUACAUGGCGGCGAAUGCCGCCAGUCAUUCGCACAGUAUUGCACUGGCAGUUUGCUCAGGUGGGUAGACUACGGAUUUCGCACGGAGGCAGAGUUCGCCUCGCAAGACCCGUGCAGUAAGCAGGAGUUCGAUAGGUCCAUUGAGGAAAGGAUGGAUGCAGUCCUUGAACUAUUCUCGGUGUAUGAGAACCUGCUGGAAGAUCACAAAAAUGCGGCGGAUGCAAGGCUUAGUUAG